AUCUAAAUUUAUAAAUAGUCCAUCUGUAUUUUUGAGUGGGCAGUCCUUUCACAAUCCUCGAUGGUAGAAGAAUAUAAAAUUAGUGGAUAGGUGUAAAAGUUCCGUUAGUUAAUACACCAAUAUAAGUUUACAGUAAAUUUAAGGAUUUUAUAUGAAGAAAUGAGCAAAAUCAGUCGUCAUCGCGUCAAGAACAAAUGGGUGCUACCGUGAGGCCACGAGAAUUCGAUGCAGAUCAACCGAGUCAAACCGAACAGUUAGCUAAUUGGAUUAGUAGAGUGCGUUCGAAAAAAAUAAUGUGCCGUAAAAAUCGUAAACGCAACCUUAGAAUUGAAGCCGUUUUAUCGUCAGUUUUAUAUAAAGCGGAACAGGAACUACGCAAUAAACAGCUAUCGAGAAUCAUGAGGUGGCAACAAAUGAGACAACGAUUAAUAGAAGAUAUGGGUUAUAAAGAUGGCAACUAUAAAACCCGAACAUAUAAAGACAGUGAUUUGAAAAAUAACUUGGAUGAAAGUAUACAAAAUAAAUAUGAUGGUAUAUAUAAAGAUGAUGAAGACAAAGUAAAUUGCUAUGAUCAAAUUUACACUCAAGAGCAUUACAACACAUGGGCAGGUCAGUUAUGUCCAGAAUUAAGCAGUCUUGACUCAUUCAUGUCACAAUUAAGUGAAAUAAAAGCCCCUUUUCAGCGAUGAAGGAAAAUAAUUUUAAUAUCACAGAUUACUUUGAUCAAUUCAAUUAUUUAAAAAACCGCCAUGAAUCGGUUUUUUAAUUUAUUAAAAGAGAUAUAAAGAUGAAGAGGAACAUUCAUAUCCAACAUCUGUAUUGGUUCAACAUUGCAACAAGAUUGAUCUAAAAUAGAUAUUGAUGAAACAUGGUGUACAAAUACCAUGGGAAAUAAAUUGUCACCAUUUGGUGUAUAUCUGGGUAUUUUUUACUUACAGUCCUGCUGUUUGAGAUGGAAAUGGUCUAGAAGUUGGGUGUAGCUGUUUCUGGUGAUCUUGAGGGA